UAUAUACCCCUAUUAAAUAUGUCUACAAUUCAAUCUUCUUCAAAUGAAGAAUCUAUUCCUUUAACUACUCUUACUGACGAAAAUGUUGAAUUUGACAAAACUCCGGUAGGAGGGAAUGUUAACAUUUCAGGAGUUAAAGGUUUAGAUGAAAAUCCUGUGGGCAUUUUGACAAAGGCUGACAUGGCAAAUUUUGCUACAAAGGCAGACCUGGCGAAGGAAUUGGCAAAUUUUGCUACUAAAGCGGACCUGGCAAAUUUUGCUACAAAGAAGGACCUGGCAAAUUUUGCUACUAAGAAGGACCUGGAUGUUUUUAUGAAAAAGAUUGAAAAGACUCAUCCCUGUGGUCUCAAAUGCAUCCCCACGGUUGAGAAUUGGGUUUCUUUUCUGACCAUUGGCUUUGCCAUAAUUAUGUUUGGAGUUGUGGCUCUCACCAUCAUAUACUCUCUUCAUUUCUUCACGUCCGACAGACUCGGUUCUCUGGAAUCAAAAAUUGAUGACAAAAUUGAUGCUCUUGCAAAAGCGAUUGAUAAGCUGAAAGAAGGUUGUCAGAUUUGCCGCCCACCUCAUUGA